ACCCAACCUCAGAAGAUGAACUCGUAUCCAUAGUAGCUUUAGCAUCCCAAAGAAACAGAAAAAUGAAAGUAGCAACACGUUACUCUCACAGCAUACCAAAACUAGUUUGUCUCGAUGAUGACUAUGAUGGAGUUUUAAUAAGCACAAAAAACCUCAACCGCGUGUUGAAAAUCGAUGUAGAAGCCAUGACGAUGACGGUGCAAAGUGGUGUGACACUGAGAGAGAUUAUAAAUGAAGCUGCAAAAUAUGAAAUGGCAUUGCCAUAUACACCAUACUGGUGGGGUUUAACGAUUGGUGGACUCAUAGGUACUGGUGCUCAUGGAAGUACAUUGUGGAAUAAAGGAAGUGCAGUUCAUGAGCAUGUUAUACAUAUUACAAUUGUUACUCCUGCUGAUCAUCAAGAUGGUUAUGCUAAGGUUCGAAAUCUUACUGAAUUUCACGAUCAAGAAAUUAAUGCAGCCAGAGUUUCUUUAGGAGUUCUCGGAGUUAUUUCUCAGGUUACCCUCAAAUUGGAAGCCAUGUUCAAGAGAUCAAUUACAUAUUUGUCAAAAAAUGAUUCAAAUUUAGGGGAUGAAUUGAUUAGUUUUGGAAAAAAGCAUGAAUUUGGCGAUGUACUAUGGUAUCCAAGUCAACAAAAAGCUGUUUAUAGAGUCGAUGAUCGUGUCUCCAUUGAUACACCUGGAAAUGGCUUAUACGAUUUCAUGCCAUUUCGUGCCUUGCCUUCAGAAAUAUAUGAAAUUAUUAGAUCUAAAGAGGAGUAUCAAGAAAGAUUAAACAUAGCUGAAGGGAAGUGUCAUAAUGCAAAGCUUGUAACUGCAACACUUGCUCACCUUAGUUAUGGAUUGACUAACCACGGGCUGCCCUUGUUUGAGUAUCCUAUUGUUGGAUUCCACAAUCGCAUGCAGGCAUCGGGAGCAUGUUUGGAUAGUUGGGAUAAUCAUUUCACCUCGUGUCCAUGGGAUUCGAGGAUAAACGGAGAAUUCUACCAUCAAACAACGUUUAGUAUUCCUUUGUCUAGUGUAACAAAUUUCAUUGAAGAUGUUCAACAACUUGUUAGGUUGGAGCCAAUGGCACUGUGUGGCUUAGAAUUGUACAAUGGAAUCCUUAUGCGAUAUGUUACAGCUUCUGAUGCAUACCUAGGAAAAACAGAGGAUGCUGUGGAUUUCGAUUUUACAUAUUAUCGAAGUAAAGAUUCAUUGACACCUAGGCUUUAUGAAGACAUAAUUGAAGAGAUAGAACAAAUCGGAUUAUUCAAAUAUGGAGGAUUGCCUCAUUGGGGAAAAAAUAGAAAUUUGGCAUUUGUGAGAGUGAUAAAAAAAUAUAAUAAGGCAGAUAAAUUUUUGGAAGUUAAAGACAAGUAUGACCCGCAGGGACUUUUCUCUAGUGAAUGGACUGACCAAAUUCUUGGACUUAAAGAAGGGGUAACGAUAUUGAAAGAUGGUUGUGCAUUAGAAGGAUUGUGUAUAUGCUCACAAGAUAUUCAUUGUGCACCAAAAAAGAAUUACUUCUGCAGACCUGGAAGAAUUUAUAAGGAGGCGAGGGUUUGUCGACAGGUUGAAGUUCAAACCAAUAGAAAAAGUGACAUGAGGGAUGAGUUGUGA